CGACGACCUCUCAUCCAAUUCACUCCAUUCUCACAGAACUAGCUCACGCCUUCACGCGAUUGCUCCACUGCAGCCGCUCAUUUCACAUCAACCGCCAUCAUGUCAACUUCGGCCGUUGCUAAGAAGCUGGUCGUGUGCGGAGGAAAUGGGUUCCUCGGGUCAAGAAUCUGCAAGUAUGCCGUCGCAAGAGGCUGGGACGUCACGUCCAUCAGCCGUUCAGGCGAGCCCAGGUGGUCCGCCGUGACCUCGUCACCGGCUCCUCCUCAGUGGGCACACCAGGUCUCUUGGGAGCGCGCCGACAUGCUCAGCCCCGUCACCUACGCCCCGCUCCUCAAGGGCGCCGACUUCGUCGUCCACAGCCUGGGGAUCCUCCUCGAGGCCGACUACAAGGGCGUCGUCUCGGGCCAGGAGUCCCCCAUCUCGGGCUUGCAGAAGGCCUUCGCCCCCAUCAAGGACCGCGGCGUCGACCCCCUCAAGACCUCGUCCGAGGGCGGUGACCUCAAGCCCCCGAACCCGAAGGAUCAGUUCACCUACGAGGUCAUGAACCGCGAUAGCGCCAUCGCUCUGGCCAAGCAGGCCAACGCCGAGAACGCAAAGGCCUUCGUGUACGUCUCCGCCGCCGGUGGCGCUCCGGUCCUGCCCGCGCGGUACAUCACCACCAAGCGCGAAGCCGAAAGCACCAUCGCCAGCGAGUUCCCGCGCAUGCGCGGCAUCUUCCCGCGGCCGCCCUUCAUGUACGACAGCUCGAGGAAGUUCACGCUGCCGCUGGCCGCCAUGACCGGCGCCGGUGCUCUGUUCAACCGGCUGACAGGAGGUGUGCUGAGCGGUUUCAUGGGCGCGAGCGGCGUGAAGCCCCUGCCGGUCGAGACCGUCGCCGAGGCAGUGGUGGAAGCGCUCGACGAUAUCAAGGUGCAGGGCCCCAUUGAGGUGCCCGAGCUCGAGGAGCUGGCAAGCAAGGGUUGGAGGAAAACCAUGCUGUGAUACGCAUGGUGUUAUGUUUGUAAUUUUUGUGUCAUAGACUGUAUCAUUUGCCCAAUGCAAAAGCCCGUCUCAAAGGCUUUGAUAUCCUCCUGGCCCGGCCCUGCCUGUCCCGUAGUAUCACAAACGCC